AACGAUGUUCAAUUAUCAAAGAUAUAUAUACGCACAUAUUUACACCUGUUAUUUUUUAUAUCUCUUAUCCAGCAAUUUCACACACGAUUAUCUUUGAUUCAAAUCGUUUUUACGAGAUGUCUCGUCGACUAUCGGAUAUAGUGAGAAUCGAUAUUGUUUUGUUUAUCUGACACCUAAACGAUCGAUUCGCGUGAGACCGCAUGUUCAUAGUUAGACGAGAAGAGAUUGUGCUUAAGUAUAAACGUGUUCUUGGAUAAUGGAAGAGAGUCAAAAGGAUUGCGGAAGUUUAGUAUACCAACAGAAGAUGACCAUUGUGAAAAAUCGAAAUUUCUGCAAAAAUUGCAGAUCGAAAUUUGACGAAAAUAACAGCAUAUUUUUCAGUCGUUUGAAUGAUAAUGGUGUAUUAAAUGACAAGGAUUAUGAAGAGGAAUAUACGAUAAAUUGUCCUCAUUGCAAAGAAGAAUUACCAUACCAUGGUGAAGGUGUUACGAUUUGCCUCGAAACUUGUCGUCAUAUUCUUUGCAGGUAUUGUAUCUCCAAUUUAUUGCACAAAUUAAUAAACAAUGAGAUAAGUGAAUUAAGAUGUCCUUACAUCGAGGUAACACCAUGCAAUACGUUAAUUGAUGAAGCUGAAUACAACAUCGAAAUGUUGGUCCAUCCGAAUCUUUAUAAAAGAUAUUUAAUGUCAUUAGCUGAAAAGUUAGAAGACGAUAUCAAAAGUACAGUGUUUUGUUGCAAGACAUUUGAAUGUGAAGGUUGGUGUGUCAUUGAAGGUGACGAUGUGAAUUACUUUUUAUGUCCCAUAUGUAAGAAAAAUAAUUCUGUACAUUUAAACACUAAUGAAGAUGAAAAAGAAAUAUCAAAGGAUAUGGAGAAAUAUAUGGACAUGCAAAAUGAAAGAUACAACGAAUUAAUGUUAUUAAUGGAAAAUGACAGUGUACCAAAUUUUGAACCAUUCGAAUGUCCAAUAUGUUUAGUUCCUUAUAAUCCCCACGAAGGGUUAAUUUUGAAGAACUGUUUACACACAUUUUGCAAGAUGUGCAUUGCAAAUACCGUUUUAUUUUCUGAUUAUGCAGAUGUAAAGUGUCCGUACAAAGACGAAAAUUAUUCUUGCGAUGGAACGAUUCAACAAUGCGAAGUCAAAGCGUUACUAAAAUUGGAUGAUUAUAAAAAAUAUUUACAAAGAUCGAUAAAACAAGCGGAAAGUGAAGCGGGAAAUUCCGCUUAUCACUGUAAAACACCGGACUGUCCUGGUUGGUGUAUUUAUGAAUCAGAUGUUGAAAGUUUUAUAUGUCCCGUAUGUGAAAAAAGAAAUUGUCUUUUAUGUAAGAAAAUACAUAAAACAAACUGUAUAGAUGAUUUGUUAUCAACGGAAUCACCAGAUUCGCUGAAGUCUGACUAUCUCAUUCAAGAAAUGUUACAAACUAAAAAUGCACUUCCAUGUCCUACAUGUAAAACAGUCAUUAUAAAAGCAGAUGGUUGCGAUGCAGUUAUAUGCACUAUAUGUAAAACCGAAAUAUGUUGGCUAACACGAGGACCACGUUGGGGCCCUAGAGGAAGGGGAGAUACUUCCGGUGGAUGUAAAUGUAACAGGUUGGUUAAAUGUCAUCCACUAUGUCGCAAUUGCCACUGACUGUGUCUAUUAAAAAUACACAUUUUAUAUAUAAUAAAGCGUAUAAUUAGCUAAAAUGAAAAACAUAUUUUUUGUAUGUAUCAAUAAUAAAAAUGUGAAAAUAUAAUCUUUAAGGCUAUUUAUCACCCCUGACUUUUUAAUGGUUUACACCAAC